GGGCCGGCCCGAGGGGCGGGGCCGCCCUGGAGCAUGGCGUGGUCCGGCUGCCUGUCCCGGCUCCAGGUGCUGGCGGCCGCCUUGGCCGCCUGCUGCGGGCUGGGGGCCGCCUCCCUCGCCCGGUGCCGGCCGGCGCGCCGCCUCCGCCGCUGCCUGGCCAAGGUGCUCAUGGCCCUGGCCGGGCCCCUGGUGUUCCGCAUCGGGUACAGCCUGUACGCCCGCACCCGGCUGGGCUACCUCUUCUACAAGCGGCAGAUGAAGAAAGCCCGGGAGCGGUAUCCACAUGGCCACUCGAUCCCCCAGCCCGUGAUGUUCAGCGGGGUAAAGAUCCUGCCGAUCCCUGUGUUAGCCAACAACUACAGCUACCUGGUCAUCGACACCCGCUCCAACACUGCUGCCGCCAUCGACCCCUCAGACCCGCUGGCCGUGCAGGCAGCCAUCGAGCAGGAGGGGGUGACGCUGGAGGCCAUCCUGUGCACCCACAAACACUGGGAUCACAGCGGGGGGAACCUGGCGCUGAGGCGGCUUCACGGCUCCUGCAGGGUGUACGGCAGUGCCUGCGAUGCCAUCCCUGAGCUCACCAACCCCCUCUCGGAUAAGGAGACCGUCGCCGUGGGGCAGCUGCGCUUCAGGGCUCUCCUCACCCCGGGGCACACCGUGGGGCACAUGGUCUACGUGCUGGAUGGGAAGCCCUUCGAGGGGCCGGCCUGCCUCUUCUCCGGAGACCUGCUCUUCCUCUCAGGCUGCGGGCGGAUAUUCGAGGGGACGCCGGAAACCAUGCUGGCCUCGCUGGACACAGCUGCGGACCUGGCAGAGGACACGCUGCUCUGGCCAGGACACGAGUAUGCCCUGGACUGCCUGAUGUUUGCCAGCCUGCUGGAGCAGGCGAACCCUGUGCUGGAGCAGAAGCUGCAGUGGGUGAAUCAGCAGCGGCUGGAGAAGAGGAGCACGUGCCCCUCCACCAUCGGCGAGGAGAAGGAAUACAACCCGUUCCUGCGGACCCACUGCCGGGAGCUGCACCGGGCCCUGCAGCUGCAGCGGCUGAGCGACGAGGACUGGGACAGCUUCCGGGCGCGGGUGCUGAAGGAGGUGCGGCACCGCAAGGACCGUUACAAAGCCAACUAGCCCCCUGGCAGGGCGGCGGGCGGGGGGGCUGUGCCCCGUGAGCAGCCUCCCAAAGGAGGGCGACCGUCCCUGUUGGGGUGAGGAGCGUCUGGCUGGGAAAGGGUCUCACCCCCUCGUGGCGAUGGGGCAGAUUAGUGAGCUGGAAACGCCUCCGCCUCAUCCCCGUGGAUGAAGACGGGUUCAGGUGGGAUCCCCCCCACCCCACCCUGCCAGCUCAAGAGGGCUCGUCUCCAAACAAAGUGGAUCCUUGCCGGUGGAAAGAAGAAGGGGGGGGUUAAAAUCCAGGAUGACCCCCCGCCCCCCAAACCCAUCCCCAGGAGGCAUCUGACUCCACAUGGUGCCAGUGGUGACCUUGAGUUGCUGCUGGCUGCUCGGGAUGAAUUCCUCCGCCCCCAAGAUAGGGGGCAGGGAGAGGGGGGUUGGCGAGGUGCCUGGAAAAGCUUUUCCGGGGAGCAGGGCUGUUACUGUUUCUCUCGGGGACUGGACCUUGGCUGGUGGAAGCGCAGGCCCGGUGCGGCUCCGGGGGUUGUCUCUACGAUACAGGCCCGCAGAUCCCAUUACGCAGUGCCCGGUCCUGAGCCCAGCUGGGCGCCCCAGCGUGUGGGGAGCGGUGCUGCCCGAGGUGGCAUCGGGGGCAGCGCCACGAGUGGUGUGUCGGUUCUUUCCUCUGCGUCCUGUCCCAGCCGGCCCGUUUGUGGGGCACCGCUGACUCCUCCGUGAGCACACGCCCACCCCCCCGCGCUGGCUGGGAGAGACCGGGACGAACCACCACAAAAGCACCAGCCGGGGGCGCCACUGCACGGAACCCAGCUCCGACAGUGGACGGGAACUCCCCCCCCCUCCCCCGGCGCUGAACGUUCCUCCCCCCUGCGGCAUGGGGACGGGUGCAGCUACGCCGGCAGGGAUCAAGGAUGAAGCUGUGCUGUUGGCCGGCCGGCUGGUGGCUUCCCUUCAGGUCUCUGUUAACUUUGGUGAUUGUUCCCCGAUUGAAGCAAGACCUGCUCCAUGCAACUGGGGUGCAGGGAGUGUGUGUGUGUGGCGGGGGGGGGGGUUAGGUCCUAAAGGAUUUCCAGGUCUCCACUCCAAGCACAAGGAUCCUAUGAGUUUAUAGCUUAGGUCUCCAGCCUGGGGAUGGUUCUACAUCCGCCCCCUUUGCUCUGGAGGUCGUUGGGGGCUGGGCCCGCUUCCUCCCCCUGACUGCGCCUGUUUGCCCUUCUCGGCAGACGAGAAUGCGGGGGUGUCCCUCCCCACUGGAAAGGCAGCGAAUUUUAACCCCCCCAUGCGGAAACCUUGAACCUGUGAAAUUCACUGCCGGGAGAUCGCCGUGGAACCAAGAGCUUAGCAGGAUGGAUGGCCAAGGGUCACCCGUUCCUGGGCCCGAGAACAGCCCCAAUUACACGGGUAGGGUGCAAAGGAGGGGCACAGCGCCCAGUAUCUCAGGCCGUGAGCCAACCUCAAGCUUCCAGGGUUAGGGGAAACUUCCAGGGGGUGGGACUAGAUACCCCCUGAGGUCUCUUCCAACCCCGAUAUUCUAUGAUUCUAAGUGCUUCCAUCUUCUGAAGCAGCUGGUCCCGGUGACUGUUAGAGACAGGAGGAUACCGGGCUUGGGCAACCAGAGCGGAAACUAGUGUGGACCCACUGUUGGGGUGAAGUCGUGGGCCCGUCGGGAGUCUGUUGCCAUUGGCUUCGGUAGGGCCAGGCCUCUUUGGUCCCCUUGUUUAUGAUGGACCCCAAAAAGGGAUCCGUCUAGGAAACCAAACUUCU